AAAUACUUCUAAAAAGCAGCGUGGCGGCAGCCGGCUCGCAACGAGCGGCGCGGGGCGGCGCCGCCCGGGCACGGGGCCGAAGGAGGGCGUCAGAGAGGGCGGCCGCCCUGCCCCUCCCGCGCGGCGCUGGCGGCGAUGCGCGGGGCUCGGAACAUGGAGGACUACGGGCUCUUCCUGGCGCUGCUGGGCUCGGCGCUGCUGGUCGGCUUCGUUUCGGUCGUUUUCUCCCUCGUCUGGGUCUUCCGCUACCGCGAAGGGCUCGGUUGGGACGGGGGCUCGGCGGAGUUCAACUGGCAUCCCGUUCUCAUCGUCACGGGCUUCGUCUUCGUCCAGGGCAUCGCCAUUAUUGUGUACAGGUUGCCAUGGACCUGGAAGUGCAGCAAACUCCUAAUGAAGUUCAUACAUGCCGGAUUAAAUACCAUAGCUAUGAUCCUUGCAAUUGUUUCUAUGGUAGCUGUGUUUGACUUCCACAAUGCCAGGAACAUCCCCAACAUGUACAGUCUGCACAGCUGGAUUGGGCUGACUGCUGUUAUAUUUUAUUCUCUUCAGCUUUUCCUAGGUUUUGCUAUCUUUCUACUCCCAUUUGCUCCGGCUCCUCUCCGAGCAGCUCUCAUGCCAAUACACGUUUAUUCGGGUCUCCUCAUCUUUGUAACAGUGAUUGCAUCAGCUCUCAUGGGAAUCACAGAGAAACUUUUAUUUGCGCUGAAUAGUACUGUGUAUAGUACAUCCCCACCAGAGGCAAUCUUUGUCAACUGUCUUGGUCUCUUGAUUGUCCUAUUUGGGGCACUUAUUUUGUGGAUGGCAAGCAGGCCCCAUUGGAAGCGCCCACCAGAAGAGACUCCUAAAGUUCAGCGGCCCAAUGGAGGGGCUCCCGAAGGGAUGGAAGCAGAAUCCACAAUGACAGAUUGCAGUAAUGCAGACAAAUCUGAUGUGGGAUUCAACAGUGAAGCAGCCAGAAAACGAAACUUCAAACUUGAUGACGCAGGACAACGAUCAACUAUGUAAAGAAAAUAUAUACAAUAACAGCACUGUUAUACUGCCAAAAAAGCUCUGUUCCUUCCAAUUUUUAUAUUAUUAGUUAUAUGGAUAUAUAUAUAUAUAUAUAUAGGUUGUAGUUUUAUUUUCAGUAUGGUUUGUUCAAAGACAUUGAAGUUCUCUGCAUAUGAAUUUAAAUUCCAAUGUGUCCCAAACACAUUAUAUUGGUUCAUACUCAGUCCUCAUUCAAAAAAAUCGAGAUCAUGAAUGGCAUCACAUAAUAGGAAAACAUUUUCCAUAUCACUUUUAAAAUUAAUGCUUAUAUCUCUACGAGCCAUGAAGAGAUAUUGAGACUAAAUUCUGUUCUGACGGAUUUUACAGGUAUGAGAGAAAGUUGUGAAAUACACCAGAAAACAGAAUUUACCUGUUAGCAUGUAACUUUUUUUGCUAAUGUUCAAUUUUUUUUAAGUCUUGAAUUCUCAAGUAGAUUAAACCCCUCACCAACUGCUAAGAUCUACAGGAUUUGAGGUUACUCAGCACUUUGCAGAGUUGCACUGUAAAAUCUUUUAAUCUAGAAUUUUGAAUUCAGAUAAAGAAAUUAAACAGUUUGCCUGAUAUCUUCAUGAAACGUUUUGUGGUUUUUAAAACCUUCUCCAUUUUUUUUAUUUUUUUUUUAAUCUGAAUGUAUCUGUUGACUUUUCUUUUUAAUCAGCUCUACCAAAUAUAUUGUAUAGAUAUCAUAUCAUUACUGAGAUCUUGGGAAAUUGUAAAACGUCCCAGAAUGUCUUAUUUUGAAAGGCACAGAUACGCACUUAGAAAAAAAAAAAAUGUACCGCUGAAACCAGGUCUUCCUUCUACCCUGGAAGGCAGCAUUUUACUCUCUUGAUUUGAUUGCACAGUUCCUAGGCAUUAGACUGGAAAUUAGUAUGUUAGAAAGCAGAGCAGACUGGUAGCAGACUCAGAGAAGAAAGGAGGUGGAACUGAGAAAUGUUUUCUGCCAAGAAACAACUGAGCUUUGCUGAUUUGAUUGAAAUGCUAGCAGCUAACUGAAAGCUGGUUGUGGUAUUUACAUACUGGUGCCACAACUAUUAUCAUCACCAAAAUGAAGAUAUACUUUAGUCUACCGGCAAACUAUAUAAACUCUAUGACUUCUCUUAUUUGAAAUUGAAGUGUUAAAUACUGCAGUUCAAGUCUUUACUGGCACUUUACUUUUAUAGCUCUUUCUACUAAUCAGAGUAUUAAUGUAUUAUGCUCAUUCCGUUCUUUCACAGAUAUAAAAUAUACUUAUGUUUUUUACUACCAUAGAAGAACAAUUAUAGUAGAUUAUUUUGAUUGCACAUUUCCAAAAUGAUGAGCCUUUCUAUCAUAAUUUCUUAUAACCCGUUGUAAACGCUGCAGAGCCCAGAAAAAGUCAUCUUGGAAACUGCAAUACCUGUUGUUCCAAAGAACUCAAUAUAGACGAUUUCAAACAGCAGAUAAUUUUAUUUUUUUUAUAACUACAUAAAUUUCACCUACAUCAGCAUCUCAUUUCCUGUUAUUUGAUUUGUAAUAACAUUUAAUUAUUUGAUGAGUGCAGUACAGAAAACUAGCAUAGCAAAUUAUUAGAAAAAACUUAUCUGCUUUACUAUCUGAUAGUCAAGGACUACAUCCCAGAGUUCUUUUUUCACUUACUGCAUGUGUGGGUGUCUGAGACCCAUGGAGCAUUGGUUUCAUCUGAGAAAACACAUGCUUUUAAAUGCCUUACUACAGCAUUCAAAAAUGCAAGAAGGAAAUACUAUUCUGCUGUGUGAGCGCUUGUCUGGUUCCAUGGUGUACAAUGGAUUGGACAGCUUCUUCCUUGUUUUUCAAGCAUGUUUUUCCAAGUUUCACAAUUGUCCGCUUUCCCUAAACUAGGCAACUUCAGCAUAAAAUCCAAAUACUACUGAUACCAGCAUUAUGAAAGAAAAAUGAGAGCAUUAGUUUUACCUGAAAUUAGCAUUCAGCUGUUAGGACAUGAUUGCUUUAUGCAUCUCAUUAUGUAGCUUCUAGAGUAUACUAAACUAUGUUACCUUCUUUCUUGUGAUCUCUUUACACUUUGCUAAAACUAGUCUGCUUUUCUGAUGAAAUCAGUAAGCAUUUUAAAGCUGAUGGAUUCACCAUUAGUCUUUGUGAGAGAUGUUCUGUUAACACUUCCAAAGUAUGAGUUAAUGUAUGCAGCUCAAAACAGGUUAUUUUAAGUUGGUGUGUAUUAUGCUGUUGCUGUGUCUUAUCUGCAUUUGAAAAUGAACUCAUUCAAUGCUUGCAUAGCACUAAGUCAUCUAAUAAAAGGUCUGCAAGGCAGAGCCUUGUCCGAGGACUGAUCUAGAAGAAACUCUUAACUGUACACUAUAUUGGGAAGAAAAAACCAAAACCCUUAAUCUCUUAUUUCUUUUGUUGCAGCAUUGACUUGGAUGCAUCAGAGUUCCACAUGCUGCUUAAAGUUAAGCAAUAGUAAUUAAUAUGCCCUUAGAUUUCCAUUUUGUUCCACAUACUGUUCACAAGUAAUGAUACUUCCAUUCUAGAAAUUACCAUCACAAGCAGAUAAUCAAUGAUAGCUCAUCUGCAUGAAGCAUGGGUUUCUGGCUGCUUGGAACUUUGGAAGGUCCCUGCGAGAUGCAGUAGUUCUGAGCUCCUAAAUCUUGCUCCAGCUUAGCGUGUGCAAUUUAAAAUAGACCGAACAUACUACAAACUUUUGGCUUCUGUUCUAAACUGAUUAAAAAGAUCUUUAGGUAUUAUUGCAACACACAAUGUUAGCUCAAGUGCUAAGUAAAAUUAUGUACAACUUCAGAGAGUAAUUUUAUCUGGAAAAAAACCAUACUCCUGCAACUGCAUCUCAAAGUGGCCUUCCAUCACAUUUUCUUUCACACAGUUUUUUUUUAACUUAUAAUUAUGUUUAAUGGUACCAGCAUGAGAAAUAACAAAGUUGUAUUUUCAAAGUUAUAAAUGGAACUUGAAAUUCUAAUUUUUUUUAUUUUUUUUUAAUCAGGAGUUUUCUACAUGUUUGAGAAUUUUCUACUGGUACAUGAUUGUACAGCUUACAUUCCAGGUUUGGAUUCCUAUAAAAACUUAAGUAGUUCCAAAACGUAACACUAAAGGUAUUGAAGAUGUCUGAAAAAGUAAUUAAUUUUUAAUGUAGUUACUGCUUUGCAGUGCUGAGCACAGAGAAGUUUUUUUUUCCAACAUUAUUGAAACUGAAAACUGAUGGUGCAAAUACAAUAUUAAAAUGGAAUAUACGCUCAUGUGUACACAUCUUACUACAUGUAGAAGGCGGUAUAUGAUACUGUAAAUACGUAUUCAUGUAUACGUGGAUAUUUUAUUGAAAGACUAACAGAUAUUGCCGAAUAUUUUCUAAUACAGAAGACUUCAUUUCUAUUUUAGAAGAUUCUUUUCUAACUGUUCGUAAGAACUUAAAGGAUUAUUUUAUUAUCUGCCAUACUUAUUUGCAGAUUAAAAGAAAUGUUUAAUUACAAUGUAUAUUUUCCUUAUUCUUUUUUUGUUAAUAAAAUAGAUUUUUCAAGCUAA